CCGCCAGCCAACAGCCCUCUCCUCUCUCUCUCUCUCUCUCUCUCUCUCUCUCUCCACCCAUUAGUCCCAAAUAUAGUCUGCUGGCUCGAUCUGAGUGGGGAUAAGCUUGUAAAAGAAGAAGCUUAUUCCCUCACCACCCACGCAAUCCUGCAACGGAGUUUUGCCACUAAUGUCUCCCAAGAUUUUGAUCUGCCUCCUCCUCCUCCUCCUCCACCAAAGUCUUGCAGCCUCUGCCAGCAGCGGAAAUGAUGAUUUCCUCUUCAAUGGAUUCAGAGGAGCCAACUUUACCCUCGACGGGAUCGCAGCGAUCACUUCCGACGGUCUUCUGAUGCUCACCGACAAAACGAUGGAGAUCAAGGGCCAUGCCUUCCAACCAUCUCCGCUUCGGUUCAGAGACGUCGCUAAUGGUACGGCCUUCUCCUUCUCCACCACGUUUGUCUUUGGCUUCCUUUCAGACUACACCAAUCUCAGUGGCCAUGGAAUCACCUUCAUAGUUUCUCGCACCAAGAACUUCUCCCAAGCCUUAGGUAGCCAGUAUUUAGGCCUCUUCAAUAUGAGCAACAAUGGCAACUCCACCAACCAUGUCCUUGCCAUCGAGCUCGACACGAUCCGUAACCCCGAAUUCCAUGACAUCGAUAACAAUCAUGUCGGCAUCGAUAUCAACAGCUUGACAUCUAAUCAGUCCUACACUGCUGGUUAUUAUCCCAAUGACACUGAUUCGUUCCAAAAUCUAAGCCUCAGUAGCGGCCGAGCCAUGCAACUUUGGGUAGACUAUGACAGCGGAAAGAUGCUGCUCGAUGUUACCUUGGCUCCAGUCCCAGUGGCCAAACCCCGUAAACCUCUCCUGUCUGCUCCCGUUGAUCUCUCAAGCGUGUUCUCGGACACCAUGUACGUCGGAUUCUCCUCAUCCACAGGUCCUUUCCUAACAUCUCAUUACGUUCUCGGUUGGAGCUUUAAGAUGAAUGGAGUAGCUCGAGCUCUCGACUACUCGCUGCUGCCUUCACUCCCUCGCACGAAGUCAGAUCGCAGAUCGAAGGCUUUGCGUAUCGGGCUGCCCUUGGCGUCAGCUGCACUUGUUGCGAUCGUUGUAGGGAUCAUCGUGUUAUACGUGAGAUGGAGGAUCAAGUAUGCCGAGCUACUGGAAGACUGGGAGGUCGAGUACGGACCUCACCGGUUCUCCUACAGAGAUUUGUUCAACGCUACCAAGGGCUUCCACGAUAAGGAGUUGCUCGGGAUCGGCGGGUUCGGGAGAGUCUACAGGGGCGUGCUACCGUCUUCUAGAUCGGAGAUUGCGGUGAAAAGAGUGUCCCAUGGAUCGAGACAGGGUAUGAGAGAGUUCAUAGCGGAGAUCGUCAGCAUCGGCCGCCUCCGCCACAGGAACCUUGUCCAGUUGUUGGGCUACUGCCGGCGCAAAGGGGAGCUGCUGUUGGUGUACGAUUACAUGCCCAAUGGCAGCCUCGACAACUUUCUGUAUGACCAAGACAAGCCUACUCUGGAUUGGGCGACACGGUUUCGGAUCAUCAAAGGGGUGGCAUCGGGACUUCUGUAUCUACACGAGGACUGGGAGCAAGUCGUGAUCCACAGAGACAUCAAGGCGAGCAAUGUGCUGCUCGACCAUGAAUGGAACGGAAGACUGGGUGACUUCGGCCUAGCAAGACUAUACGAUCAUGGAACUGAUCCACUGACCACCCAUGUGGUCGGAACCACGGGUUAUCUUGCUCCCGAGCUCGCCCGAAACGGCAAGGCGACCACCGUCACCGACGUGUUUGCGUUCGGGGCAUUCGUUCUCGAAGUCGCUUGCGGGAGGAGGCCGGUGGAGACGAUGGCGGACGAGGAGCAGUUCGUGCUGUUGGACUGGGUGGUGGAGAACUGGCGGAAGGGAUCGAUACUGGACACGAGGGAUGCAAGGCUGGGAGAGGAGUACGUGGCGGAGGAGGUGGAGCUGGCUUUGAAGCUUGGGUUGCUGUGCUCGCAUCCGCUGCCCGCAGCCCGGCCGAGCAUGCGGCAAGUGGUGCGGUUCUUGGAGGGCGACGCGCCGCUUCCGGAACUGUCGCCCACGUACCUCAGCUUCAGCGUUCUUGGGCUGCCUCACAAUGAAGGUUUCGAUGAUCAUAUUGUGUCGUACCCUUCGUCGUCGGUGGCCACUGCCUCAGUUGUUUCUGGAAUUUCCGGAGGUCGAUGACAGAGAGAUUGUAAAUGAUGUGCUGAGGGCUUCCGUCUCUUUUGUUCAUUUUGUCAUAGCUUUAUCGCAUCAUCUUAUUUUCUUCCCUGCUUCAUUUGUUGUGGAUUUCCUUUGAUGUAAUCAGAGAGGCAGCUGAAUCUUGAAUCAGAUCCAAUUCAUUCAAAUGUAGAAACUCAAGCAGAAGAAAAAUAUGGAAUUGGGAUUAGUUCCA